GUUCCCCGGCCCCUGAGGCAUUUCGGUCCUUCACUCUGAAUCACGAAGCCACGAACGAGGGGCGCCUGUUGAGGUCGUUGCAGCUCCGGCUCCGGUGUUCUGGGCCGUGGGGGCGUUGGUGUGGGGAGCCCCUUCCUAGCAGCCGGUGCGGUGAGCCGUCGAAGUGUCCCUGGGCGACCGAAGAUCAUGAGCAAAGGCUUGGAGGCGCUGCUGAGCCGGAGGACUCCGGAAACCGGGCCCUGGGGUUUGCAGGGAGCCUAGAGGGCGAGCGGCGGCCCUGCGUGGAAAGGCUGCGUGAGCCGAGGGUGCUCUCGCGGCGGACCGCUGGGAGCCGUGGGGGAGCAUGAUGUGAGCUGGCUCGGGCAGGUGGGUCGCGGCGGGCUGGCUGACGGGCGAGGAGGCCGCCGACUCCCGGAGUGUUGUGGCUGCACCAGAGCUGCGGCGGGAGGUGGGAAUUGGAGAAGGGGAUGUUAGAGGUGAAACCGACGGGAUUCUUGCCGUGUCGGGUAACGGCGGUGCGGGAAGACCGAGUGGAGGGCCGGAGCAGUUUGUGUCCCGGGGAAUGCAUUUUGGACGUUGUAAAGCUCCUCUCGGAGAGGAGGUGGCCCAUGGGCAUCUGGCCGUGCGUCAGGGAUUCUGGCGGGGGCUGUGUUGGAGACCACUGAGGGAUGAGGCCCCAGGUCGAAGCCUGGAGGUGAGAUGCCCAGGAAAGAUAUUAACGGUGUUUUUACAAAACUCAGGUGAUUCUUGAGGCGAGAGAUUGGAGGGCGGGGGAAGGGGGUCAUUCUUCAUCCCCUCCAGAGGGAAGCAUGGGAAGGAGUUCUGGCUGGUCUCCGCGGGAGGAGAGGGCCGUGGGGUGUAAGGAGCCCGGCCUGAGCCGCAGAGGCAGGCGUGACGUGCUGUCGGUUUGCCGUUCCGUGGACUCAGCAGCGGCACGGCCUGUGGAGGAGACGAAAAGCCAGCCUCAGCCGGAUCCAGGGCCCUGGUACCCGGUUCCUCAGCUCUCGGGCGAGCAGAGAUCAUGGGCAUCUCUCAUGAGGGGCCACCAGCAGGCUCACCUUCGGGGGUGUGUACCAGGUAGGCUGGUUUGGUGACGGGACUAAUGCGCACUUGGCAGGUGUACAGGCCAUUAAGAUUUUUAGAUGGAUAGAUAUGAUAAAUUUAUACUGACGAUGCUUAGUAAUGGGUUGACGUGCUUGUCUCUGAGUGUUUAAUUAAGGUGGAAGUCUUAAAUACCACGUUUUCAUAGAAGAUUAAAAAUAAAUCCUAAAUAUCAAAAACCUAUCCCUUCAUUUGCUCCAAAACCAUUUGGAAAAAUGUGAAGCUUGUGGACAGUAAAAGCUAAUUCAAGGAUCCUUGCUUGUACUAACGGUGUUUGAUACGAGCAGUAGCCCUGUUAGGUGGGUGCCACUGUUAGCCCUGCUUUACAGAGGAGGACACUGCAGCACGUCUGUUCAUGGACGCCCAUCUCAUGGGAGGCAGCACUAAGGUCUUAACAUCUGACAUUAGACUUUCCGAAAUCAUCCUCACCAAAGGGCAGGGCAGGAGUUAGGGCCAUAGUUCAGUCCCCAGUACCCCACUCUGGUAACCUGCCACUCUCAACUCCUCCUCUUUGCCAGGUUGCCCUGAUGGUAGAAGCACUGGGGAUCUCUGUAUAGAUCCUUUGUGGUUCCUGAACUUAGUAGGGGAAAGAACUCAGUGCCUGAGAGGUCAUGACUCUAGCCAUGGCAGGAGGGACAUGGACAGGCCCUGGUUGUUGGUGUGCAGUGGAGGAUGAAGAGGUGCCUUCUGAGCAGAGCAUUUCUGUAGAAGUGUCACAGGAUAGUAUCUCCAAGGCAGGUUCAUCAGCCCAGAUGGCUCACCCUUGUGACACAUGUGGCCCCGUCUUGAAAGAUAUCUUGCACCUGGAUGAACACCAGGAAACACGCCAAGGACUGAAACCUUACACAUGUGAGGCAUGUGGGAGACAGUUCUGGUUCAGUGCAGACUUUCUUCAGCACCAGAAGCAGUACAAUGUAGAGAAGCCCUUAAGAAGAGACAAAGGCAAGACCUCAUUUAUGAAGAACUGUAGAGUUUGUGAAGAACCUCACCUGUCAGAAAAGCCUUUACGAUGUGAGGAGGAGAACUUCCAGGCCAGUUUGGGCAGUCACCAGCAAAAGGCCAUCCACAGCAAGAAGAAGACAAGGAGCACCAAGAGCGGGGGGGCCUCUCAUAGUGGACAUACGCAUUACAGGUGCAGCGAAUGUGGGAAGGCCUUCAACCGCAAAGACACACUCGUCCAGCACCAGAGAAUCCAUACUGGAGAAAGGCCUUACGAGUGCAGUGAAUGUGGGAAAGCCUUCAGCCGCAAAGCCACCCUUAUCCAGCACCAGAGAAUCCAUACUGGAGAAAGGCCUUACGAGUGCAAAGAAUGUGGGAAAGCCUUUAGUCGCAAAGACAACCUUACUCAGCACAGAAGAAUCCACACUGGAGAAAUGCCUUACAAGUGUAGUGAAUGUGGAAAAUACUUUAGCCAUCACUCCAACCUAAUUGUACACCAGAGAGUUCACAAUGGAGCAAGGCCUUAUAAGUGCAACAAUUGUGGGAAAGUCUUCAGACACAAAUCCACACUUGUUCAGCACGAGAGUAUCCAUACUGGAGAAAAUCCUUAUGUUUGCAGUGAUUGUGGGAAAUCCUUUGGCCACAAAUACACCCUCAUUAAACACCAGAGAAUUCACACUGAGGCAAGGCCUUUUGAGUGUGUCGAAUGUGGGAAAUUCUUUAGUCGAAGCUCUGACUUUAUUGCACACCAGAGAGUUCACACAGGGGAAAGGCCGUUUGUGUGCAGCAAGUGUGGAAAAGAUUUCAUCAGAACAUCUCACCUUGUUAGGCACCAAAAAGUUCACACUGGAGAAAGGCCAUAUGAGUGCAAUGAAUGUGGGAAAGCCUAUAGUUUAAGCUCCCACCUCAUUCGGCACCAGAAAGUUCACACUGCAGGGAGGCUGUAGGCAGGCUUUCAACGCACCGGGACUCAUAGGGAGAGGAGCUCUGCGAGGACCCUUUGAGAGGAGGACAUCAGUGAGGUGUUGUUCCUCCUACAUCAGCGUUGACACCUGAGAUGGGUUAUGAAUGCCAGGUACAGGGAAGCUCUCGUGGGUCGCGUUGCACUUUGAGACAGGUCCUUGCCAGAUUUGUCACUCUGUGCCUGCGGCUAACACCGUCUCCGCUGUCAGCUCGCUUACCAUAAUGUCCUCAGGGAAGGUAGAAUCCUGAAUUAAAUAGGAGCUCUCAUUUCUCCCCCCACUGACUGAUUAAAGGUGUGGACCUUACUGUACAUCCUUAGCCAAGAGGAUCUGAGCUGUGUUCUGGCUUACAGAAAAGGUUUACUUUCUUCCUGGACACUGUUGGUCUCAUGUGGUACUUGUGACAGAUUUUCCAGUCUCCAAGUCACUCAUCCUGGAGAACUACUUGUCUUACGUUGCUCUGGUUUCUGUGAUAAUAAAGACCUUGUUAUUAUUUAAGCCA